AUGCUGCCAGAGGGCUUAUCCAGCCGACCUCUAUACCUGGAACAGAAAAGUGAAUCCAACAAACAGAAGCGUAGGGUCCCCGCCGACAUACGAAAACGAGUUCGACAUGCUUGUCUGGGUUGUCGAUCAAAAAAAAUUCGUUGUAGAGGUACGGAGCCGUGUCAUUCUUGUGUUGCCUUAGGAAUUCAAUGUGUAUAUGCGGAUGCAGAAAAGGAAAGAUCUCCGUCCAAGCAAUUCGUUGCAGAACUAAGUAAACGACAAAAAUGUUUUGAAUACUUAUUUGAACAUAUUUGCCCUUCGAUCCCUCAAUGUACCAAGGCUUUGGUCCAACUAUGUAAUAAAUUAGAGUCUCAUAUGAAACAAGGAACACCACUUGCUUCUUUGGUCAAGCCUGCAACUAUAGAUGAAAGUCUUUGUAAAUUUUCUUUGAAUUCUGAAGAAGAGACUUCAGAAAAGUCUAUGAAUCAACUGAAAGUGAAAUAUCCCUCUGAUUUUCGAGAUCCUGCUCAAUACCCUCUGAACGAAAGUUCCUCCAUCUUGGAACCUUCUGCGAAAACAACCGAUCAUACAAUCAAUUUUCUACCAAGUGAGCGUCUGUCUCAUGAUUCACUAGGACCACUUUUCAUAGGUCCAACUUCAUCUUCCAUUCUUUUGGACGAAGUAGCUUCGUCCUUAAAUAUAUUGGGAUGCUCUUCCCCGAGCUUUGACCGGCUCUCACCCUCCGCGCAAUUUUCGGAAGCAUCUGAAUCAUCUUUACCUCAGCUUCUUCAGAGAGGUUUGGUCUCAUCAACGCAACCUUCAAAUCUGAAGUCCUCAAAGUUUUCAUUACAAUGCUUGGAGUCGUUGUCUCUUUUAGCCUGCCAUAUGCUACCUUCUCUAGCAACUGCAAGGCAACUCUCUGAAUUUUUUUUUGUUCGUUUUCAAUGCUUUCUGCAUCUUUACCCAGCUUCAUUGUUUUAUAAACGAUAUCAAAUCUUUUAUAAUUUUCCCAAAUUGCCCAACAACUUGGAUAUUAGCUUUCUUAUUGUAUCAAUGAGCAUUAUGGCUCUUGGUCAAUUGAGCGCGAAUGAAGAUGGAAUUCAUAUAGAAGAACCUAUGGAAGAUAUUACUGAGCUUUUUAACCUAAGUGAGCAAUUAUUGUUCUUUCUUUUGCCAAAAUAUAAUGUAUCCACAGUACAGGCACUAGCUUUUGUCGCAUUUCAGUGUCUCUUACUUGACAGAAUUAAAGAAGCUUUUUCUUAUGUAGGAUUAGCUUUUCAUAUAGCUCGGGUCAUUGGGCUAGAAGUGUCGGAUUCUACCGAGACCUUGAACGACUCAGUUACUUCAGAAAUCAAUACAAGGUUACUGUGGUCUCUUCGUGUGCUUUCUUCUUUCUUGUUUCUCCAGAAAGGAAUUACCCCUAUAGUUACUUUGUUUUCGGAAUACGAUUUUUGUUCCCCAAAGCUGCCAAAAAUAAUGCCCGAGUUGGAAAUUCCUCUUUUUCCAUCAACGGUUUCUCAUUUUACAUCAACAAUCAAGCUCUUCUCUGUUGCAGUUCCUUCGUUGCUAUCAAUAUACAAUCUAACGGGAUUUUGCAUCGAUCAAAAGCAAGAUUAUGCUGCUCUUUUAUCCAAGGUCAAGGGUGCUUCUAAAAAAAUAGAAGAAUGGAAGACAAAACUCCCGUUUCAACUAGAAAUAGAAAAGGGGAAAUAUGACCAAUCGAAUCCUUUAUUUCAUGGAAGCAUCUUCUUGCAUCUUUUGUAUCAUCAUUUCAGCCUUCUACUUUUUGAACCCAUCUUUUUAUAUCAUUUACACUUGAAUUCUAAUAGCCUUUCUUCACAGUCGUUAUUAUUUACGGAGUCCGCGCCCAUAGUCCCAGAAUCGGAUUCAUGUAUUAAGUCUGUACAGUCCAUUUUGUCACUUGUGUCAUUAUUGCAAGAGAAUGGUCAAUUAGAAAAUUGUUUUUCUCUGGAAUAUGAGAUUUUGUAUACGGCAGCUUCGAUGUGUCUUUUGUUAAGCGCUACAAAAUUCACGGAUGAUAGGCAUCUAUCAAAGUGCAUUCGCCUUUUAAAGAGCAUGGGAUCUGUCUCCAUUAACACCCACGAAAAAUUAAGGAAGCUAGAAACAAUAGCCUCAAGGUAUCAAAGCGAAUAUACAAACGCGCAUCAAAAGGCAAGCUCUGUGGGUAACGAACCUCCGCCCGAACUUCCCCAAGUACAAGAAGGAUAUCUGGCUUGGAAAACCUGGAUACAAGAGCUAUCCAACGACUCAGACUUACCUGUCGGUCAUUCAUUAAAUGCAAAAUCCAACUCUAACUCUUUUGGAAUGGAUUCACAUUCCAAUUAUGAAAAGUACCAGUCGUCUCCUGAAUAUACUACAACUUCAUAUCAUCCCUUUCUUUCAUGGCAUGAAGCAUUGCUUAACAUGGAUAUAGAGUCGAAUAACCUUAGCUAA